ACUAACAGGUAGGCUGUUAGACGCCGGACUUAGAACGUCAUAUCACGCUGUGUUUUCGUUACAAUGUCACCCUGUUUUGUGUUUUAACUAAAGCAUGUCGUCUCCGGGAAAACUUUCGACCAUGGCUUGCGUCGAUUCCGAAUUUGAUUUGUGGACGGUUCCUCCCGUUGCGCUGAACAUGAGUGUGCGGAAAAAGUUGGCACUGUACCUGAACCCGAGAAACGCAGUGGCCGCGGACUGGAUGGACGUGGCAGAGGCCAUGGGCUUCAAUUACCUGGAGAUAAAGAACUACGGGGUGUCAAAAAGUCCCACCGAGUUCGUCUUGGAGGAAUGGCAGGCCCGCUCCACUGACGCGACGGUCGGGAAGCUGCUGUCGAUCCUGGAGGAGGUGGAGAGGGGAGACAUCGUGGAGGAUCUCCGUCCUCUGAUGGAUGUGGAUGUCAGGAAGUAUUGUGAGAAACGGAAGAAGAAUGCUAAACCCCCUCUUCAGGUCCCAGAGGUGGACAGCUGUCACGCUCGCACCCCGGAGAGGAUUGGUCUCACCCUGGAGGACGACCCUGAUGGUGCUCCUGAGAUGUUUGAUGCCUUCAUCUGCUACUGCCAGAAGGACUUUCAGUUUGUCUGUGAGAUGAUCCGCGAGCUGGAACAGACCGAGUACAAGCUGAAGCUGUGUGUGUUCGACCGAGAUGUCCUCCCCGGCUCCUGUGUGUGGUCCAUCACGAGUGAGCUCAUUGAGAAGAGGUGUAAGAGGAUGGUGGUGGUGAUCUCUGACGAAUACCUCGACAGCGAUGCCUGUGACUUUCAGACCAAGUUUGCUCUCAGUCUCUGUCCCGGAGCUCAAAGUAAACGGCUUAUUCCAGUGAUGUACAAGCCCAUGACAAAGCCGUUCCCCAGCAUCUUACGCUUCCUCACCAUAUGUGACUACACUCGGCCCUGCACUCAGGCCUGGUUCUGGAUACGGCUGGGGAAAGCUCUCUCACUGCCAUAACCAUGGACCAGGCAGUAAAUUGUGUUUAAAGGUCGGGAUAAGGUUUGGAUAAUGACCAAACAUCACAGUAUACACCAUUGCUUGUGAUCCAUGUCCUGCUGGUUUCUGAACACAUGCUGAGUUUAUACGAUAUACAGUACAUUAUGGUGGAAACUAUUUGUGUUUCCUAGGAAGAUGAAAUAGUGAUUUCUGGAUAUUGUCACUAUAAAACGCUGCACAAGGAUACCAAAUAUCAGCAAAGUUCUCACUGCACAAAGCCAUGAUUUUAUUUCAAGAGGAAGUUGUGCCUGUCGCUGUUUUGUAUUUAUUGGCUAACAGGAUGUGUUUGUUUUCGGGGCAGUCUGUACUAAAUGCUCUAUGAUAGAGUUGUGGUGUUUUUUGCGCUGGCCACUUCCUCUUGAGACUCAACUUCUAGGUGAGAUUGGAGCCUAAGAGGAAGAGAUAUUGUGAUUCUUCCACUUGUUCAAUUUUACUGACUGCUGACACCUGCCUUUCUCGCUUUCUCUGUCUGUCUCAAUGAUGUCUUUACACUUGAUUUUGUACUUUUGAUAUGGUCUUUUCAGAACAGUUUAUUAAAAUGAAUUUAUUCUACAUUGAA